GCGUAAGAGGCUCGGAAGUAAAGGCGGAAACACGUGCUUGCCGUUGCCAGAUCCCAUUGGUUGCUUCGGGUCCGUUUUGAAAAAGUCGCUGAUUUGAGGCUUUGAGGCGGAGGGAAGAUUCAAAACUAGAUAAACAGAAACGGUGAAACCAGCACGGGCACCACGCUACGAUGACGAGACAUCUGAAGGGUAAAACCCCCCGCAGGCCUCCUCCAAAAAAACCCUCCAGCAACCAGACGGACCCAGUUGGGGUAUACUGCCGUGUGCGACCCCUGGGUGCUGAGGAUGAGGAAUGCUGCAUUGAGGUGAUCAGCAGUACCACCAUCCAGAUGCACACCCCGGAGGGCUUCAAAACAAACCGCAAUGGAGAAUACAAAGAGACACAGUACUCCUUCAAAAAAGUCUUUGGAGUUUCAGUGUCACAGAUGGAGCUUUUUGAGCAUGUGGCGAAACCUCUUGUUGAUGACCUCAUCCAUGGAAAAAAUGGUCUGCUUUUCACGUACGGGGUGACAGGAAGUGGAAAGACUUUCACCAUGACAGGCUCUCCAGGCCAGGGUGGACUUCUGCCUCGCUCCCUUGACAUGAUUUUCAACAGUAUAGGUCCUUACCAGGCCAAGAGAUAUGUAUUUAAGACUGAUGAGAAAAAUGGUAUGGAGAUUCAGACUGAAGUAGAUGCUUUGUUGGAGCGCCAACGGCGGGAUAACAACUUCUCUGUUCCUAAAACACCCUCCACCAGGCUAAAGGCUGAUCCUGAAAUUGCUGACAUGAUUAAGCCAGAGGAGGCCUCUAAAUUAGAUGGUGUGGAUGACGACAGCAGCUACAGCAUCUUCGUCUCCUACGUAGAAAUCUACAACAACUACAUAUAUGAUCUCCUGGAGGAAACUCAGGAAGAUGCAAUCAAGCCAAAGUGGAAUGGUGGAGGCACACCAGUGCGCCAGAACACUGAGUUGAUACCACCUCAGUCUAAAAUCCUCAGAGAGGAUCAGAAUCACAUCAUGUAUGUGGCCGGUUGUCUGGAGGUUGAAGUCAAAUCUGCCGAGGAGGCUUUUCAAGUGUUCUGGAGAGGUCAAAAAAAGAGGAAGGUUGCGAACACUCGGCUGAACAGAGAGUCCAGUCGCUCCCACAGUGUGUUCAUUAUUAAACUGGCUCAGGCGCCUCUUGAUGCAGAUGGCGACAAUGUUCUCCAGGAUAAGAACCAGAUAAGUGUUAGUCAGCUGUGCCUGGUGGACUUGGCAGGAAGUGAGCGAACUGGCAGGACAGGGGCAGAAGGCACUCGUAUACGUGAAGCAGGUAACAUAAAUCAGUCUUUGCUAAAUCUGAGGACAUGCAUCGAGAUACUUCGAGAAAACCAAAUGUGUGGCACAAACAAGAUGGUCCCCUAUCGAGACUCCAAAAUAACCCACCUGUUUAAAAACUACUUCGAUGGAGAGGGGAAAGUUAGAAUGGUUGUCUGUGUCAAUCCCAAGACUGAUGACUAUGAGGAAACCUUGCUGGUUAUGCGGUUUGCAGAGAUGACCCAAGAAGUGGAAGUGGCCAGGCCAGUGGACAGACCAAUCUGUGGCUUUACUCCAGGCCGUCGUCAUAGAAACCAGGCAUUCAAAGACGAGCUGUCUCGCAGAUUGGAAGAACGUGGUGGCCCCAUAGAUCCUGACAUGCCUGCUGCUGCAAACCCUCUGAUCCUCAGUCUCCCAUCUCUACCCUCCUGCGAGCUGACUGACCCACACGAUGACAUCACCCUGCCCAGGUUGAUUGAAGCCCUGAAGAACAGGCAGAGAGUCAAGCAGAUGCUGAUUGAAGACUGCAGUAAAACAGCCAACAUGAUCAAGUCUGUGCUUCAGGAACUGGAUACCGGCCUAAUUUCCAAAGACAACUUUAUUCAGGAACAAAACGGCAAACUGUUAGAGAAAGACAGAAUCAUCCAAGGCAACAAAGCAGAGAUUGAACGUUUAGAGAAGAAAUCAAAGAUGCAAGAACACAAGAUUGACAUCCUGCAGAAAACAACUAAAAUCUUUGAAGAUGACAAGCGCUCGCUGCAGCAUGAGCUGGGAACCAGAGAGCAGAGGCUGCAGAGGGAGCUGUCAGAGAAGAGACGCAUGGAGCAGCGCCUGCAUGGCGUGAUCUCGGACACCCAGUUCAAGUGGGAGAAAGAAUGUGAGAGACGUGUUAAUGCACUGCAGCUUGAGAUGCAAAAUAAGCUGUGGGUGAAAGACGAAAAGCUGAAGCAGCUCAAGGCCAUCGUGACAGAGAGCAAGACUCCAGGUCGCCCUGAACCUCCACCCCGUCAGACGCAGCCACAGCCACAGCCACAGCCUCUACCACAGCAUCAGCCCCGUUCUCAGCGACCCUCCAAAGAGGACCGCCUACCACCAAAGAGAUCAGCCUCACCCUCACCUGUCCCUUCUUUCCAUUUCACUCUCCAGUGCCCAGUCGAUUCCCCUCACGUCAGUCCAAAGCCAGAGUCACAGUCAGGCAGUGCUGCUAGCGAUGAGGAGGAUGAGAUGAACCCAAGGCCCGUCUGCCCCGUCCCCAGCAGAAGUACCUUUUUGUCUGUGGCUAGAUCUGCACGUGAGGAGCAGGCAGCUCAGGACAGCAUGCAGGAUUACAGUUCCCCUAGUACACCCACAAGAACACUCACAAGACCCCAGGCUUCAACGGGCACUUCGGUCAGCCUGGCCAGGAGGAGAGCUGUGUGCUUGAGCAGAGUGGAUGAGAGAGACUGCUUCCCUUCCCCUUCGUUUCAUGUAGACCUAAUUGAAAGAAGUUACAGGACGACAACACCAGUACGCCCGCUGCACCGUCGUUCCCGCUCUGCUGGUGGGGAGAAGUGGGUGGACCACAAGCCAUCGUCAAGCAUGGACUUGGGCACAGUUUUGCAGCCGGUCAUCCCCAACGCCAUCCAGGUGUCGGCACCCAGCGAGAAGGCUCUGUCCAAGUGUGACAGAUACGUGCUAACGCACCAAGAAGUUGCCUCCGACGGCGAGAUACAGACCAAACUUAUAAAGGGCGAGGUCAUCAAAACAAGAGGAGGCGGGCAAGCUGUCCAGUUCACUGACAUUGAGACACUGAAACAGGAGCUCACUACAGUCCCAAGGCGGAAGAGAAAGUCUUCAGAAGGCAUGUCAGCCAGUGGAGAUGGAGCUUUGACUGAUGUGGAGACGAGGUGCUCUGUGGCUGUGGAGAUGAGGGCUGGAUCAAACAUGGGACCUGGAUAUGAGCAUCAUGCAGUCACCAAGCGCAGAAAACCCUAAAAGCUCCUGACAGAUCAACAGUGACCACUCCCCUUUAUCCUCACCUGGCUGUUGUGCAAUAGUCUGACCUCUGUUUUUAUAUUUAGUUCUAGUGAUGAUAUUUAAAUGCUUUCCAUCUUUUUAUAUAAAUAUGCAGAAGAGUGUAUACAUAGGUCACCAAAGCUUGUUGUGUAAAAUAACUAUCUAUUUACUCAGAUAUAUGCAUCUUUAGUUACUGUGGCUCUACAGCUAAAAAAAAUUCUGUUUGCACAUAUGUUACUCUGCACACGAGUUAUUAUAAACCUCCACAGUAAUGAAUUUUGUCUCCUGCAUACAAUUUGUCUGAUUUUGGUGAAUUAAACUGAGCUUCAAGUUUGGAAAAA